AUGUCGAUUUUCAUACGUCUCGUUCGUCCUUUAUCGCGGGUGGCGGCUCGGCCCAUCGUUUCCGUCACUGCUACCGCUGGGCGGAGGUCAAUUGGCUCCGUUAGUGCAAUUGAUUCAAGCAUCUUCCGUACUUUAUUCGGCACCGAAGAAAUCCGGAAAGUCUUCGACGAUGAAGCAUACAUACGCCGCUGCGUGGAUGCUGAAGCCGCGUUGGCUCGAGCGCAGUCACAGUGCGACGUGAUCCCAUCUGAAAUCGGAACCUUGGUGACACAACGGGUACAAGAAUCAAACCUGGAUUUCGAGCGACUGCGCCACGAAACGGAAAUCGUCGGUUACCCAAUCCUACCGCUCGUACGUCAACUGUCGGAUAUUUGUGGCGAGGAAGCUGGCAGGUAUGUGCACUGGGGUGCCACGACGCAGGAUAUCAUGGAUAUCGCCAGCGUGCUACAGAUGAAGGAGGGUCUGAGUAUCGUCGAGGGACUUCUGAGGGACGUGAUUAAAUCCCUGCGGGAACUGUCUGAGAAAUACAAGGACACUCCCAUGGCUGGGCGAACCCAUUUACAGCAUGCGUUGCCCGUGACGUUCGGAUACAAAUGUGCUGUGUGGCUAUCUGGUUUCCAGCGACAUUUGGAGCGACUGGAGCAGCUUCGCGACCGGACUUUGAUGGUGCAAUUUGGCGGUGCAGCAGGCUCGCUUGCAUCUCUGGGAAAUGGCGACGACGGCCUUCGCGUGCGCAAGGCGUUGGCGAAAGAACUCGGUCUUACCGAUCCGUCCAUUACUUGGCACGUUGCACGCGACGGAGUAGCUGAGAUUGCGAAUUUCCUUGCUCUGGUUGGUGGCUCGAUGGGAAAGGUAGCACUGGAUAUCAUCAUCAUGUCCUCGAACGAGCUGAGCGAGGUAGCUGAGCCCUUCGUGCCACACCGGGGAGCAUCGUCAACCAUGCCUCAAAAGCGUAACCCGAUAUCCAGCGAGGUCAUCCUAGCUGCGUCCAAAAUCCUCAGGUCAAAUGCUGGCCUCGUUCUUGAUGGUAUGGUGGCUGACUUUGAACGCGCAUCUGGUCCUUGGCACUUGGAGUGGGUUGCUGUGCCAGAAAGCUUUGUUCUCGCCGUUGGAGCCUUGUCUCAAACCCAUUUCGCGCUCUCUGGUCUCUCGGUUAAUACCAAGCAGAUGUUGGAGAAUCUUCACUCCACUAAGGGAUUGAUCGUGGCUGAGGCUGUGAUGAUGGGCAUGGCGCCAUAUGUUGGUCGCCAACGGGCGCAUGAUAUUGUGUACGAGGCGUGCCGGGAAAGCAUUGAGAAGGAACGGACGUUGCUCGAAUGCCUAUUGGAGAAGGAGGAAGUUACUGCGAAGAUGAAUGAGCAGCGCUUGAGCGAGCUUUGCGACCCGGUAAAUUACUUGGGUGCUUCAUCACGUAUGGUAGAUGAUGUCUUGGCAGUCAAUUAG